AUGGUGUCCCCUCACAGAGCCCUCUCGUCUCCCAACCUGCUUUUUCUUCUGGCCUUGACCGUGCUAGAGGUGACAGCGGCCUCAGUCGAAGACGCCCUUGCGGCCCUCAGAGUCACCAACGUUCACGCUGUCCGCGGCAACCUCCACCUUCCUGAAUCCUCCGAAGGGUUCGCCGUGACUUGGCAGAGCAGCGACCCGCAUAUCAUCUCGGCCGACGGCAUCGUCACGCGGCAGCCGAGCAUCAACGCCCAACUCGACCCCUUCGAAGGGUAUGCCUUCUCGUACUUCACCGAAAGCAGCCUGCGCGGGGAGAAUAUUUUCUUCGCGGCCAGCGUCGGCAACGAUGCCCUGGACUGGCAGGAGCUAAACGGUGGCGAGCCCGUCCUCCGCUCCGAGCACGGCACCAGAGGUCUGCGCGACCCAUUCCUCAUUCGUUCGCCCGAAGGGGACACGUUCUACCUCAUCGCGACCGACCUUUCCAUCGGCAGCGGGACUUCCUGGGGUGACGCGGUCCGCCGGGGCAGCCACUACCUCGAGGUCUGGGAGUCGCACGACCUGGUAAACUGGUCCGAGCAACGCCACGUACUGGUCUCGCCGUCCAACGCCGGGAACACGUGGGCCCCGGAGGCGUUUUACGUCCCGGAACUCGGCUCCUACGCCGUCUUCUGGGCAUCGUCGCUGUACGACCAGGAAAACGACCCGAACCACGACGGCGCGUCGUACCACCGCAUGCUCUACUCCCUCACCCGAGACUUCGUCACCUUCGGCGAGCCGCAGAUCUGGCAGGAUGCCGGCGAUUCCCGCAUCGACACCACCGUCCUCGAGGCCGACGGCACGCUGUACCGGUUCACCAAGGACGAGGGCGCCGCCACGGGCUGCACGGAUAUCAUCCAAGAGCAGGCCGGCUUCCUGCUCGAUCCGCUCGACGCGUGGGCGGUGCAGGGGUCGUGUAUAGGCGCCGAGGCCGGCACCAGCGCCGUCGAGGGACCCACGGCCUUCCGUGCCAACCCGGGCGACGUGCACGGCGACAAGUUCUACCUCUUCGUCGAUGAGUAUGGCGGUCGUGGAUACAUCCCGCUCGAGACGGACGAUAUUGGCAGUCCUGACUGGAAGGUUUCGAGCUCGUAUAACCUUCCGAGGAGCCCCCGCCAUGGUACCGUUAUCCCCGUCACGGCGGCCGAACAUGCGGCGUUGGUGGAGGCGUUGAACAGCAGGAAGUCGCGUUUCCGCCGCUCCGCGAAGACCUGGGCAUGAUGUAUCGACUAUCUAGGAGCGAACUAGGGUAGCAAGCCGCGGAUUCUGAGAGCACAGUGGCGCGUAAACAGUUGCGAGACGAGUUCACCGAGGUACUCCGUAAGGGGGGCCGCCGUUUAAUAGACGCUUGUCUGCACCUGGUGAUCCCUAAUACCCUUCCCUAUCACGGAGGGACAGACCGAGGCGCUGGACGCCUUAGAUUAUCUGGGAGAGCGAUUCGGCGUGGCCACCAACUUUGAGAAAGGUGACAUUCAGUUUGUGAAUAACCUGGCCGUGUUCCAUGCACGGGAUAGGUUCAAAGAUAGCGGUGA